AUGUUGAGAACCAAAAAAAAGAACGUAAAUAUCAAGAUCAGUAUAUACAAUUUGGAUUUACUUUUAUUGAAGAAAAAGGUAAACAUCGUCCUAAGUUCAAAAAAAACUUAUACAGUUUCACAAAAAGCUUUAGUUGCAUCAUUCGAGGUUUCAUUCUUAAUAGCAAAAACAAAAAAACUGCAUUCGAUUGGCGAAUCUCUUGUCUUGCCAGCUGCUAUAAAAAUUGUAACGGCUAUGCACGGUGAGGCAUAUGCAAAUGAUUUAAAAUCAAUUCCAUUAUCUGAUAAUAAUAAAGAAGACAUUUUAGAAGACUUUUUAUUAUGUCAAACUUUAAAUGGCAGGACCACUGGUAACGACAUAUUUACCCUUAUUAAUGAAUUUUUUGAAAAUAAUGAAAUUUCGUGGUCAAUGUGUAAGGCCAUUUGUACAGAUGGUGCAGCAGCACUUACUGGAUCAAAGAAAGGUUUUAAAGCUAAAGUUAACGAAAUUUCAUCAAGUAUACUAUUUACUCAUUGUAUGAUUCAUAGGGAAGCUUUAGCAUCUAAAAAACUUGAACCAUUUGUCAACGAAGUACUACAAGAUGCUAUACGUGUAAUUAACUUUAUAAAAUCAAAAUCAUUAAAUUCUAGAAUAUUUACGAUACUAUGUAAUGAAAUGGGAUCUGAUCAUACAAAACUACUACUUCAUACUGAAGUUAGGUGGUUAUCCCGUGGUAAAAUAUUAUUAAGAAUUGUUGAGCUUUAA